CUUUAAUAAGAUCAGGGCAUGUUUUUUGAGCUGGGGGAGGCAGAAAAUAUGAGUAUUGUAGCAGGACUUAAACCAAUAUGAGGUGAUGCAUGCCUGAGUGGUGAGAUUAUUUUUAAAUGCCCAUAUCAUUGUUCAUAGCUGUCUGCACUGAUAAGUAGGCUCCGAAAGGUACCACAUCUGCGACUGAGACCAGCACUUUGCUGGCACCACUGUACGGUCACUUGAAUCCAUACAUUGUUAUGUAAGCAAGAAGUCUCCAUCAAAUGAGGUCCCGUUACUUCAGUUAUGAGAUCCUCAGUAGAGAAUGACCACCUUUGGGUCAUACUGCAACACUUCCUUCUUUAAUGAUGUCUUUUCCUAUAACUAAGAUGCUAUUUAUGGGGCUAUCCAUCUUUUCUUGUCUCCACAGAGUCAGGAAUGAGGUGAAUCAGAGCUCCUUAUACUGGGGAGAAGAGCUUGAGUAUAUUUCAGAUCCACCAGUGACCUGAGUAGUCCAUUAUAAAUAUAGAUGGAGGAGUCUCAACAGUAGAAUAUAGAUGCUAGUUUAAAGGCCUAAGAAAAGGCAUGGAUGUGAAAGGCGGGAUUCAUUUAAUUAAAUGUAUAUAUGUGUCUGAAUGUAUAUAUCUAUGCUGGCCAUGCCAGGUCCUCUGUAGUCAGUGGAGAGAAACUGACAAUUGGGGACUUUUAAAAGAAGAUUUUUAAAGAAGCAGACUUCUACAACAAAGACAAAUAUCACCAAAGGAGCAAGAUUUGAUAAUGGAUAUGUUUAGUAGGCAAGGCGCCAGAAUAAACUGGUGCUAAGUAUAGCAACUCAUGGGCAUGCUGGGUGUUUUCAAUUUAGAGCUGCUGCAGGACCUCCAGUUUACAGAUGCUUCCCUACAGUCACUGUGAACUUCUGCACAGUGCACAAUAGCUGGACUUCAUUCUUGUGAGGUAUUGCAGAAAAACUGACACAUUCUAACAGGCACACUCUGGGGUGCAGAUGUUCAGACAUGUGGUGAGGCUGCCCUUGGGUUGUGAGAUUGCCAACUGAAUGAUGUUAAAUGGAGUGACAUCAAGGCUAGAUUAGCUAUGGGCAUCUGGUUGCUUCAACCUGAUUCCACACUGUUCUUGACCCAACCGCUCAUUUUCAGUGCUGGUUUUAAGCUGGUUUUUUUGAUCCGUUCCUGAAUGCGUGUUCACCAAAGGCUUGCUUGCACAGUGGCCUAGAUUGAAAGCUGAGGAAGACAGCUAAACUAGAACUUGUAAAAAACUUGAGACAAUAUUUUGCUCCUGCUUUGGGUUUGUUUUGGUUUUUUUUUCCCCCUUUUCUAAUUUAUGGAACCUUCCAUCUUCUUUUAAGAAAAGGAGGUUGAGGUUAGGCAUACAGUUGGGGUACUGGUGUUUUCCUCUCUGUUUUGACACUCAGUCAUUGACGAGAGCCACUCACUCCCCUUCUCUAUUAAUAUUCAUACUUGUUUCUUUCCUAUUACAAUUCAUGCUUGUUUCUACAGUAGAAUCUAUUAAAAUGUGCAUUUCUGGAAGCUGCUUUCAAGCUACAAAAUUGACAGAACCUCUAUUACUUUCCUUGCUUCUGCCAUUUAUGUUCUAGGCAAUAAGAAGUGUUUACGCAGGCUAGAUUACAAUGUGUUAGUUAUGAAUGCAUGCAUAUGUAUUUAUAAAGUGAGUCUAUGUUACAUGCUGUAUGCGUAUAUUGUAUAACUAGUGUCAGUGCUUCCAUUUCCAGAUCUCAAAGCACUUUGCUGAGGAAUCUAAACAUUUUUACCUCAUUUUUAGACAAGGGAAGCAGAGGCAGAAAGGGAUGUGGCUUGUUUAAAACCACAUUGUUAAUGUGGUCAGCAAGAAAGGGAAUCUGUCUUUGAUUUUCAAUACAGUGCUGCACUGGUGGGCAGCAAUAUCCAUCUUGUACACGUAACUUUUUUUUUUUAAAAAAAAACCUUCCUUUUGAUGGAAAUUUUAACUCAAUUGUUAAAUUUUAAAGACUUUAUGUUGCUGUUAUUUUAGAAAGAAAAAAAAAGAGAUGUUUGUAGAGUGUGAAAACCCAGUCCUGCUAGUAUCUAGAGCCAAACUUGGUUGAUAUCAACGGGAUCAGGUCUCUGUUUGCAGGCCAGAGUUUGAAGAAAUGGUAAACUUGGGCUGACUCCUAGCACCAAACAAAAAAGGCUGUGCCAUGGGACAUUAGGCCAUCGAUCCAGGAUGAACUCACUCUUCCAGUUCAAAUAUGUAAAAUGCCCCUAAUCCGGUGUGCUAACUUUUUACUGGCGGCUUUGUAUGAGAUCAGUUACUGUCUGUCUGCACCACUCUAAUUUUAUGCUGGACAAGUAGCAUCUGUCUUUCUGCAGCCAGCAUAAAGCCAGUAUAAAACUAACAUAAUCUAUGCAUUAGGCCCCCCAGUUAAUUUGGCAGAAAAACAAUGGUGUGGCCGCCUCUGAUCUGCAUCAGUUCUGCCCUGCUGUCUAACCAGCAGCGCAGGUCUUGCGCUAGCGGUCAUGCAAGUGCGGCCUUAGCUCGAUGGCCCAAUCCCGCCGCUGUUUCACAUCCAGGUUUCCUUGCCCAUUCCCAUGUGCAUUCAUCGGGGACAGGGCAGGGAGCAGGGAGCUCUUCCUUCCCAGCUUCCCGAAGAGGCAGGGUACCACUCGAGGCUGCGCAGCUGCUCCCGCGGUGUGCUGGGCUGCAUCUCCCUUCCCGCUUCCAGCAGCGCCGCCGCUAACGCGCCCAUCGCCGCAACGCGCUACGAAAAGCCGAGAGGCGCCGAAACGGCAGGGCGGCGGGAGCCCCGGGGCGGCGGAGCGCGGAGAGGGGGCCCGGCGGCGCCAGGAGCGGCUCCGCACACGCGGCCCUGCACACGCACCCGCAGCUCCGCGCACGCACACGCGGCCCCGCACACGCAGCCCCGCGGCGGCCAGCACAGGGUGGCGGCCCGGCCAGCGGCGCUGCGGACUCCGGCUGCCCCCGCCUCGGCUGCCUCUGCCCGUGCCCCCGCGCCUCGGAGCCGCGUCCCCGGUUCCCCGGCGGGGAACGCCGGACCUGGCGACGCUGUCCUCGUGAAGCGCGCAGGGGAGGGACCGGGCGGGGGGGGGGCGGCGGUGCCGGCUCCCCGGGAGGAGGCGGGCGCCAGCAGCAGCAUCUCCCCGGCAGCCGCCGCACGAAGGCGCCUCCCGGCCGCUCCACCCGCCGCCCCGGCCUCCAGCGCGCCGCCGCCUCCCCGGGCAGCGGGGGCUCGGCCCGCCCGGCCCAGGCGCCCCCGCCGCCGGCAGCCGGGGCCGCCGCAGGGCCGGGAGAGGCGAACGCGGCCUCCCCGCCUCUCGGGCGGCCGCGGGGAGGGUGGGGGGCGGCCCGCGGGUGCGGCGGGGCGGCGCGGCCCCGCGCUCGGCGGCGGCUGCCGCAGGCGGCCCCGGUCGCCAUCCCCGUCGCCACCGCAGGCCGCCGGCGGCGGUGCCGGUGCCGGUGCCGCCCCUCGGCCGCGCCCGCCCCCUGGCUGCCUCGGCGGCGCGGCGGCGCGGCGGCGCGGCAGUGCCGGCGGGGCUAUGGCUGCGGAGGAGGUGCUGCAGGGCGCGGACCAUUACAAGAGCGAGAUCGAGCGGCUGACCCGGGAGCUCUCCGAGACGACCCACGAGAAGAUACAGGCGGCGGAGUAUGGGCUGGUGGUGCUGGAGGAGAAGCUCACCCUCAAGCAGCAGUACGACGAGCUGGAGGCGGAGUAUGACGGCCUCAAGCAGGAGCUGGAGCAGCUGAAGGAGGCAUUUGGACAAUCCUUCUCGAUUCACCGCAAAGUGGCUGAAGAUGGUGAAACACGUGAAGAGACCCUCCUGCAGGAAUCUGCAUCAAAAGAAGCUUAUUACCUUGGGAAGAUUUUGGAGAUGCAGAAUGAGCUGAAGCAGAGCCGAGCGGUGGUCACCAAUGUUCAGGCAGAGAAUGAGAGACUCACGGCUAUUGUUCAAGACUUGAAAGAGAAUAAUGAAAUGGUGGAACUACAGAGGAUACGAAUGAAAGAUGAAAUCAGAGAAUACAAAUUUCGAGAGGCGAGACUUCUACAGGACUACACUGAGCUUGAAGAAGAAAACAUUACUUUACAGAAACUGGUGUCCACACUGAAGCAGAAUCAAGUUGAAUAUGAAGGCUUAAAGCAUGAGAUUAAACGAUUUGAGGAGGAGACAGUGUUGCUUAAUAGUCAGCUAGAAGAUGCCAUCCGGCUGAAGGAGAUUGCUGAGCAUCAGCUGGAGGAAGCCCUGGAAACUUUAAAAAAUGAAAGAGAGCAAAAGAACAAUCUGAGGAAGGAACUCUCGCAGUAUAUCAACCUCAAUGAUAGUAUGUAUAAUAACCAUAUUAAUAUAUCAGUAGAUGGAUUGAAGUUUGCAGAGGAUGGGGGUGAGCCCAAUAAUGACGACAAAAUGAACGGACAUAUCCAUGGGCCUCUUGUGAAACUCAACAGUGACUACCGAACUCCCACAGGUAGGAAAGGAGAAUCUCUGCACCCCGUCUCUGACCUCUUCAGUGAGCUCAAUAUAUCAGAAAUACAGAAACUGAAGCAGCAACUCAUGCAGGUAGAGAGAGAGAAGGCCAUUCUCCUGGCCAACCUUCAGGAGUCUCAGACACAGCUGGAGCACACCAAGGGAGCCUUGACUGAGCAACAUGAGCGAGUCCACAGGCUCACGGAGCAUGUCAAUGCCAUGAGGGGGCUGCAGAGCAACAAAGAGCUAAAAGCUGAGCUUGACUGUGAGAAGGGCCGAGACCCCGGUGAAGAAGCACAUGACUAUGAAGUGGACAUCAAUGGUUUGGAGAUCCUAGAAUGUAAAUACAAAGUAGCUGUUACGGAGGUGAUAGACCUUAAAGCAGAAAUCAAAGCCUUAAAGGAGAAAUAUAAUAAGUACGUGGAAAAUUAUACUGAAGAGAAGGCCAAGUAUGAGAGCAGAAUCCAGACUUAUGAUGAGCAGGUGACAAGCCUGGAAAAAUCGACCAAGGAAAGCCAGGAAAAAAUGGUCCACAUGGAAAAGGAAUUGCAAAGGAUGACAAGCAUAGCAAAUGAAAACCAUAAUACCCUCAACACCGCCCAGGACGAGCUGGUGACGUUUAGUGAGGAGCUGGCUCAGCUCUACCAUCACGUCUGCCUGUGCAACAACGAGACACCAAACAGGGUUAUGUUGGACUAUUACAGGCAAAGCAGAGUCACCCGCAGUGGGAGCCUGAAGGGACCAGAUGACCCUCGAGGCCUCCUUUCCCCGCGGCUCGCCAGAAGGGGGGUGGCAUCACCUGUAGAAGCCAGGACCCCAACCGAACAGGUGACGAAAGAGGCCACGGAGCCUGGCAAAGAGCAAAGCCCAACAAAAACACCCACCAUUUCUCCUGUCAUCACAGCCCCUCCUUCCUCUCCUGUCUCCGAUACCAGUGACAUCCGUAAAGAGCCCAUGAACAUCUAUAACCUCAAUGCCAUAAUAAGGGACCAAAUCAAGCACUUGCAGAAGGCUGUCGAUCGGUCGCUGCAGCUGUCGCGCCAGCGUGCUGCAGCUCGGGAGCUGGCGCCUAUGAUCGAUAAAGACAAGGAGGCCUUAAUGGAAGAGAUACUGAAACUGAAAUCGCUCCUGAGUACAAAGCGGGAACAGAUCGCAACCCUGAGAGCAGUGCUGAAAGCCAACAAGCAGACAGCUGAAGUGGCACUAGCCAAUUUGAAGAAUAAAUACGAAAAUGAAAAAGCAAUGGUAACUGAAACCAUGACCAAACUACGGAAUGAAUUAAAGGCUUUGAAGGAAGACGCAGCCACUUUCUCAUCCUUGAGAGCAAUGUUUGCAACCAGGUGUGAUGAGUACGUCACACAGCUGGAUGAGAUGCAGAGGCAGCUUGCAGCUGCGGAGGAUGAGAAGAAGACCCUGAACUCUCUGUUGCGCAUGGCUAUCCAGCAAAAACUUGCCCUUACCCAGCGACUGGAGGAUUUAGAGUUCGACCAUGAGCAGUCCAGACGCAGCAAAGGCAAGCUUGGAAAGAGCAAGAUCGGCAGCCCUAAAGUAAGUGAGGAGGCAUCAGCCACCGUGCCAAGCAUAGACACUUUCCUCCUGCAUAGUCAGGGCCCACAGCAACCAAACUUACUGGUCAGCAGUGGCACUCAGAGGAAAAGACUAUUCUCACCUUCCCUUUGUGAUCAGAGCCAUCCCAGGACUUCAGGGACCUACCUCCAGAAAUUAUUAAGAGCCCCCCCUCAUCCUGCCUCCACAGAAUCAUAUCUUCUGAGGGGCCCCCCUUCCAUGAGUGAAUUCAUCCAUGGGCACCGUCUCAGCAAGGAAAAAAGGUUAACCGUGGCCACACCAGUCCUAAUGCUCUUCCAGAAGAGCAGCCACAUUCCAGCUCUCAGUGUGCCCCUCUCAACUGUCUCUCUAAGCCUCCUCCUUACCCCUAAUCUUCAUAUGCAACGUAAGAGAAAAUGCAAACAGAGUGGAGUUCAUGCAACAAAGGUUGGGGUUGUUCCCAGCAAGCGGGUAGACAAUCCUGCCUUGUUGCUGCAUUGACAAGUCUGGAUUCAUAUCCCCUGCUCUGGCGACUGAGGGAAGGUUGAGAAGAAGAACACAAAGCACAGAGCCCAACCUAUCAAGAAGACUUUUUAUGGUUCCUCCGACUGUAUUCAAACUUUGCUAUCACAACUAAAGUGUAGUAAAAUUUAACAUGUCAACAAAAACGUUCUCCCAGCUGCUUGGCUUUACCUCGGAAAUAAUGAGAGACUUAAGCCAAUAUUGAAAAAAAGUAUGUUACAAAAAUCUUACCCUCACAUCCUCUAAGUUCAGCCAUAGGAACCAGUUCAAAUUUCCUUUUGUUGUUAAGGGUGUGAUAUUUAUUUCUUACUUUAUUUGCACCAGAAUUUUGUGUUUAUAAGAUACAGUCUUUUUUUUUUUUUUGUGAGAGUUGUAUUUAAUUGAUUUUCUUUUUUAAAAACAGAAAUAGCUUAAGUGAAGAAUGACUGUGUUAAUAUUAAAAAGAGGCUUGUUGCAUUGGCCAGCAUAUGGCCAAUUUUUAUUGCACAAAAAUGUUGGGAAUAGGUUGAAUUGGAAUGUUAACAAUGACUGUAUAUUUUGCUGCUGCACUGAUAUUGUUUAUGCACUUGGUUUUUAAUUCCUAUUACACUAGCUUCUGGUUUUGUUCUAGCUCUUCACUGAAAGAUAAUUAUUAAGCCUAAGAAGGAGAUGAAAGGAUGAUGUAUUGAUUUGUUUUCAGUUGUUUGCUUGCAAUGUAACUAUAUUUUUGCAUUUCAGACAUGUAGAUGAAUUGGUGCUGUUUUUUGAGGUUACUUUCUAUUCGGUAUCUGAGAAAGAAAAUCUAAAACAAGUAAAAUGUUGUGUGCUACUUAAAAACAUUCUUUCUUCCUGCUCCCAUAUUCAGGAUAAUAGCUCGAGGCCUUACUGUGAAAGGCUAGUGCGAAUGGCAAAGUCGUAUGCAUUUUGUGUGAAGCAUUCUGUGAUGAAAGAACUCAUGCAGGUAGGGUUAAUGGUGUGGAUCAGAGUUAGUAAGACUUUACUGUAGUGCAUUUUUUCCUUGCCAAAAAUCAACAGACGCAGAACCUUAGCUCAUGUCGAUUUAUGACAAAUACUCAGGUGAUCUACGCUACACAGACUCUAUCGCAACAGUGCACAGUGUUCCUAGUUAAAGAUUCUUUCCUGUAAAAGCUGAGUAAGUCUGGGGUUUUUUUCUUAAAAAGUAGUGAGUUUCAGAACAAAAUCAAAGAUAGCAGAAUUUAUUUUGCACAGUACCUGACAGCAAGGCAAGCGGCUAAGUAGGGAGUCAUGGUUCAGCAUCUAUGAGCUUCCCGUCUGGUCAUCAGCUAGAAAAAAAAGACUGCAGUACUGCAUCCCUGCCUGCUUGUCGGUAACUAGCAGACUCCUUGCUUUGUCAGGUGGCCUUAAUUUAUUUACAGAAGAAAGGCUUAGAUAUUUCCACGUCUUUAUUCCUUCUCUGCAGCACACGUAUGACCUACAAGUGGGAAACCAGUUCAGCAUAAGGUGGAGAGCAGCUGGGGAAAAAAAAAAUUGCUGCAGGUGUGGUUGGAAUAAUUCUUUCAUAUUCUGCCUGGAUCUGAGAAAAUGAAGUCAGUCUUCUGUUACUAACAGUGCUUACCAAAUGUUACAAUACACAAAACAUCAGCAGAGGAAAGGAUCAGUGACCACUCAGUGUGCCUAACAAAUCAUUAUUACCAUAGUACCAGUAACUAAGGUGCUGUAAAUACAAAUACUCUAUGUCAUCAACAACGUAUGUCGUGUAACCUUGGCAAAGCAGCUGAGCUAUUGUAACAAAACAUUCAGAGCCAGAGGUGGAGAAAAUAGGAACAAACUGAUAUCCAAUUCUGAUCAGAUCAAACAGACAGCACUCAGCAGUGUUUCGACUUCGGUAUCCAUGCGGUUCACAUGAUCCUUCUCAUACGCAUUUACAUCCCUGUUCUGUAUUGUACUUAACCUAUGUGUUGUCUUGUCAUAGAAAAGUCAAGUGAAAUCUUGUUCCAUUCUAUUAUAAUGUCUAACACUGAGAUUGGCUGCUAUUUUGAUUUUUAUUUUUUAAAAACCAACAUUUUAUCUGAGGCAAAUGCUGCCUUCAAAAAGUGUCUCAGAAUUUCUUGACCUUGUCAGACUGGUGUAUGAAUAUCAUACAGUGACCACGUCUGCGUUCAACAAAGACAGCUACUGUAUAUUGUUAAAAAGAAAAAGAAUUUGCAUUGCACUUUGAAUACAGUUACUGCAGGCUGCACUUGGAAUAGUUUUUCCUAUUUUCAUAUCCAAAUCAAAUGCAUUUUCCCCAAAUUUAAGUCAAAAUAAACAGAAAUUCAGUGAAAUACAUUUUCUUUCUAUAUAGAUAUGAAUUUAGUGGAAAAAAUGUUGUACUAGAACAGUGCUUUAGAAACAUACUUGUUUCCAGUUGUGAUUUGCAGAGCAGAUUGGGAAAAUAGAAACAUUGUACUGGUAUGUCCAUGUGGAUCAAGAGUUAUGAAACAGCAUCCAAUGGUAUAGAAACUGUGGCCCCUUUUUAUAGAAAUAAGUGAUUUUAUUAAAUUUUUUAUUCUCUUAAGCUUUAAAUAUUUAAUUUCUAAGUUUUCAAUUUACAUUUUUUUAUAUGUAAGAAAACUUAAGUGUUGGAAAUGUAAGAGAACUAGAAACAAACCAACGUAAAUGUACAAAUGGCUGUAGUUACUGCAUUGUAAGUACCUGUGUAGGUCCCUGGGACAACUUUUAUCAGUUAACCAGUGCAAAAUAAAAUCCGUAUCUUGAACUUGAGAUGAUAAAUUCUUCUUUAUUAUAUAGUGAUUAAUAACGUACAACUUUGUGAGAGAUUUUAUACGAAAUAUUUACAUGCAGACAAAACCAGAAAUGAAAGCCUGUUUUUUUAAGGGUUGCAAAUUCUUAUAUUUUUCCCAAUUUAAAAUUAAUUUAGAUGUGUUGAUAUUUAUUCUGAUUUUUAAAGAUGAAGAAAAAAAUAUACAUGUAUUUGUAAUAGUUGAGUAUACUCAGAAAUGCCGAAAUGUGUCCUACACAGUGAGGAAGCAAUUCAAACCCUGCUCUGACUUUUGUAUCUGAAAGGCAGCUUUUGUUCUCUGUGAUGGCCUUGACAUUUCUUUGGAUUUGGAAUACCCUAUUCAGUUCUGGGACAUUUGGGUUUGGGUUUUAUUUUCGAAUGUAGUGAAAAAAUAUUCCUUGUUCAGUGAAAUGAUCUACUUCUGGAAAUCCAGUUUAUAUGAAAUGUGUGGGGGAAAACAGAAAAGGAAAAAAAAAAGGAAAUAAAUCAAAUAUAUGGGGAGGAAAAGAUAAAUAAAUGAACUGUAAAAUGUAAUAGUAUGGAAAAAUAUUUUCUAUCAGUCAGAAGAUAAAUGGAGGUUUUACAGAAAGAGGAAAUGUUACCAUUUUUCAUGCUAAUCGUAUAGAAGUUUCUGCCUUCUAGAUGGAGGUAAUAGGAAUAUUAUUUCUGAAAGAUCUGAUUGACAGGUUGGCAUCUCUCUGCUCUCUGCAUCCACGUUUUUCACAGUAAACUAAUGUAAUCAUAAAUAUACAGUAGGGUUCUUAGAAUGAAACUGUAUUUAACACUGCACGUUUGAAUGCCAAGAUGACUUUAAGUUUAUUUUUUGUUUUUAAAAAUGGUAAACUUAAGCCUUUUGCCAUAUUUAAGUGUGAACAGAAAGGAGAUUAUUUUAUGAAAUAUAGCCUCAUUUAUGAAAUAUGACCUCACCUAUGAAGGCUGCUCAUGGCAGUCAUGUUGAAAAUACUUAAGCUGUUAGUAAGAUAUAACCCAGUCCUUAUCACACUGGGAAUGACACCCAUGAAUCUGGGCCCUUAUUUUGAUACCAACCUUGUCGUUCAGCGUGCAAUGCCAAAGUCAGUAGUUGUGCUACCAGUUCGACUGUAGCUGCAUUGAUCAUCAUCAUAAGGUAUAGAUUAUAUCAGCCCUUCUGAGGUCUGUUCCUUUCUUUGGCGGAAGAUGCAUAUCCACUGAAGUUACAGUAAAUUUCUUUCUUUUGUACUUUGGAAGUCUUCAUUUGAGAAUGGCAGGCACUGAUGUUUUACCUUUGAAGUAUGGUAAUUGCUAUAGUUACCUUUUUAAAAAUUACAGUCAUUGCUUUUCUUCAAUUUUCCUUUGCUGUGUGUGCAGUGAGUCUGAAAGGGAUAUACAAUAUUCAGACUUUUUUAGCAAUUAAGGAUUUUUUUUUAGUAUAAUUAAGCAUCCUGUGGAAGAGAAACAAAAAAGCAAUUGCCUUUCGCCUUCAGGCACAUAUGCAUCUAAAUAUGCAAUGUAAAAUGCGUGCAUGAGUUUCUUAACAUCGUUUAGCUUUUCCAUAUCCAUAACCAAGCUAGAAAAUUCUUAUUUCUUGUGCGAUCUGCAUAUUCCUCUUGCUAGAAAGGCAAGAGGACUGUCACAGAGACACUGUAUCUUUUAUUCAGAGGUGCACAGCUUAAAUCCUUAUUGGUUUUUAAUCUGUUUCCUGUGCAAGUCUUGAAAAUCCCUGUUGUGAAAUCUAAUGGCAAGCAAGUGACAAACUGACAAAAGGUAAAGGAAAAAUCCUGUAUUCCAUGACUGGAGUUGAUUGCAGGCAGACUUUGGGUGACAGGGCCCUGUGUUUCAAAACUGUCUUCCUCCAAAUCUCUGUAUUUAUUUUGGUUAUCACAAUUUGAUGCAAAAGAAAGCAUGGAAAAGAGUGUGUGUUUUUUUCCUCAGCAUUAGUAAUCUGAGUUAAACAGUUUGUAUUGGUUAUUUGAUUUCAAAAAUAUUUGGGAAAUCAAUAAACACAAGUGAUUGAUAAAAGUUUCAAGUAGAAUGGCUUGCUAGUUGCGUUGUUAUUUUAUCAGCUAUGAAGAAGAAAUAAGAGUAAUCUAGCUUUUUUUUUUCUCUCCGGUUCACAGAUAUGGCUGUGUGUGCUAUGCCAGCAGAUAAAUUAAGUCAAUUUUAUUAGUUAUUGUCCUAUUGAUUUUCAGCCCUGUGGUUUGACUGUUAAAGGGUUAAUUAACUCGAUCCUUUGUAAACAAUUAAAAAAAAAAGAAAACUGAUGUUUUGUGACUUUUGUAAUUUCUUGAAUGUUUCCAUUUGCAUGAUGUUCUGUAUCUAACAAACCAUACAGAUUGCUGUGUUCCUUUCAAACGAGUUUUAACAUUGGUGGAGUUUGUGACAAACACAAAUUUGUAUACUGUAUGUUUACUGCUGUAAUAACUCAGCUACUCCUAUGUUGAAUUGACAGUAUGUUGUCCUGCCUUCUUGGGGUUAAAUGACAGAGUGUUUCUAGGUGGUGAAGAAUAUAAAAGUAUAUGUGUUCAUUUGCUAAGGACUGAAUAUUGGAAACUCUUCUUGUUGCUACUUUAUGCUAAAAGCAAAAAAGUUAAAUAAUUCUUGUUUCCAAAAAUGCAUCAUUUGUUUUUAAAAUUGAAGUAUUUUCCAUGUUAACUCUUCCUUGUUCUUGUAGACAAUCCUAGAUUAAUGCCUUGUGAGGGAUUCAUAAAGUCUGUGCUUGUACAUGUGUAAUAUGAUCAUGCAGUCAAAUGGUUGGGAAAAACACUCUAGUGCUGAAGAAAAUAAUCUAAAGAAGCCAAUAUACUGAUUCUUACAUCUUUAUGUUCCAAUUAAAAUUACAGUGUAAUGCAUAACUGUUCCAGUGAAUAAACUGGCCAUUUUUGUUCAUUUAA